CAGUGCACAUACUGAUACAGCGCCAGUGAAAAUGAAAAUCAGUACUCUUGGAAGAGGAGGGGUCUCCGUUCCUGGGAGGAUGGCUCAGCUGGCCCCAGCACGAGAGCUGUUCCACGAGGUGACCCAGCAGGGGACACUGGCCCACCCCCAGCCAUGGUGGAAGAUCCAGCUGUUCAUGUGGGAGCCAGUGCUGUUUGGGACCUGGGAUGGUGUGUUCACAUCCUGCAUGAUCAACAUUUUUGGGGUUGUCCUUUUCUUAAGAACCGGCUGGCUGGUGGGAAACACAGGCGUGCUCAUGGGCAUGGUUCUGGUGUCUUCCGUUGUCACAGUGGCCCUGAUCACCGUCAUGUCUGGCAUCGGCAUCGGGGAGCACAGUGGCAUGGGCAGUGGCGGCGUCUACUCCAUGAUCUCUUCCGUCCUCGGCGGGCAGAUGGGAGGCACCAUAGGACUGCUGUAUGUGUUUGGACAGUGUGUUGCAGGUGCCAUGUACAUCACUGGCUUUGCGGAAUCCAUCUCCGAUUUGCUGGGCCUCAGGAACAUCUGGGCUGUGCGAGGAAUCUCCAUUGCGGUGCUUCUGUCCCUGCUGGGCAUUAACCUGGCAGGCGUCAAAUGGAUAAUUCGCCUCCAGCUGCUGCUGCUGCUCCUCCUGGCCGUGUCCACGCUGGACUUUGUGGUGGGCUCCUUCACCCACCUGGACCCAGAGCAUGGUUUUAUUGGCUAUUCACCAGAACUUCUGUGGAACAACACACUGCCAGAUUAUAGCCCUGGGGAGUCUUUCUUCACUGUGUUCGGGGUGUUCUUCCCAGCAGCAACAGGAGUCAUGGCAGGCUUCAACAUGGGCGGCGACCUCCGGGAGCCUGCGACCAGCAUCCCCCUGGGCUCCCUGGCAGCCAUUGGCAUUUCGUGGUUUUUGUACAUCAUCUUUACCUUCCUGCUCGGCGCCAUUUGCACGCGAGAGUCCCUUCGCUAUGACUUCCUCAUAGCCGAGAAGGUGUCCCUGGUGGGCUUCUUGUUCCUUUUGGGUUUGUACAUCUCCUCCCUGGCCUCCUGCAUGGGAGGACUCUACGGGGCACCCCGGAUCCUUCAGUGCAUCGCCCAGGAGAAAGUGGUCCCUGCACUUGCCUGCCUGGGGAAGGGGAAAGGACCGAAUAAAACACCUGUAACAGCUAUCUGCCUGACCAGCUUGGUGACCAUGGCUUUUGUCCUUGUAGGUCAGGUGAACAUCCUGGCACCCAUUGUCACCAUCAACUUCAUGCUGACCUAUGUUGCAGUGGACUACUCCUACUUCUCCUUGUCCAUGGUCCCCUGCACUGUCCCUCAGGUGUCUGAGCCAGUGCUGAGGGAGGACUUGGAAGCCGUCCACUGCUCAGAGCAUUUGCUCUUGGAUAAGGCUCCCAGCUAUGGUUCUGAGGGCUCUUCCCAAAGCUUCUCAGAGGGCACUCUGCUGGAGUUCACCAGGGACAUGGAUAAGCUCCUCCAGAUAACCAGGCUUGACAGUGGCUACCCAGGACCAGGAAAAGGCCAUAGAAUCUCAGAGAAUCAGAAGAGAAAGUGCAAGAAGGCCACCAAGCAAACCCUACAAGAUAGCUUCUGCUUGGACCUCAACUCCCCUAAUUCCUUUCCUCCUGAGGGGCCUGACAUGACUGCCUCCUGGGAGGGGGAGGAGUCCUGCCAGGACAAGGGGACCUCCAAGAGUGAGGAGACUUGGCCUGAGGGACCACAUAGAGAACAACUUCUCCCUGAGCUGUGUGGCCACUGGAGAGUGAGUGGAGAAGAUUUCUUCCUCAUUCCCAAACUCCAGGAACAAGAGAUGCAGAGGAAAUCAACUUCUUUCUACACCCACAUGUGUAACCCCUGGGUCUCCCUGUUAGGGGCGGUUGGAUCCCUUCUCAUCAUGUUUGUGACCCAGUGGGUCUACACCCUCAUUAACAUGAGUGUUGCUGCUGUCCUGUAUUUCUACAUUGGCCAGGCUAGUCCAGGGCUCUACCUUGGAUCAGCCUCCAACUUCAGCUUUUUCCGAUGGAUGAAGUCCCAUCUGAUCCCCUCCUGCAGGAGCCUGCAGUCCCGCCAGGAGCAGAUCAUUCUGGCGCCAUCCCUAGCGAGGGUUGACAUGGCGAUGACUCAGCUCACCCAAGAGAAUGCAGACUUCGCCACUCGGGAUCGCUACCACCACUCCUCGCUCAUGAGUCGAGAGCAGCUGAUGCCUCCCUACUAGAAGCUACUAGAAGCUGGGCUGGGACUCUUGUUCCUAGGAACUGCCCUAGGCAUGGUGAACCCACACCUCAGAACCUUCCAGGACCUGCUUCUCCCCGCAAGAAACUCCAUGGCCAGGCCUCCCACUGCCACUUUUGUGUGCACAUUCUGGCCUGGAGCAUCUCGCCCAACCGAGGAGAGAGUUGGGAAUAGGGGUAGCCUCUGGAACACAGCACCCAGCCCGCA